AUGGAGAGAAGCUCACAAAUGAGGACUCAUCUCCUAGAUUGCAUGGAAAUAGCCCACAAAAAUGAUAUUAAACUUUACACCUCAGGACAUUUAAACCAUAACAAGCUUUAUAAACCCUCAGAGAAAAUAAAACUGGGACAGUGGGAUUCUGCUAGGAAGCAAACCAGCUUCAUGAGCGAAAGAGAUCAAUUCCCAGCUCAAAAUGAGAGAGCCAAGAAGAUGAAAAAUUUUUCAAGUAACUUUUAUUCCAGCAUCCCUCCACUUCCAGCACACACUGAUUCUUCCCUUCCUACCAACAGAUAUCCACAAUCAUCUGUGACUAGGCUUGGUCCCCCAGCAGAUGUGUCAUUAACGCCACUGGAAAGUUUAAACUUGAAAGUGCCUAAAAAGAAAGUAAAGAAGGGAACCAACAGAUUCAGUAUGCAUCUCAAAAGACAUGAGUUAGAUGUGUCAGAGAUUAUGGUGCUGAAAAACAAACCAGUUAAGAACAGCCGACAGUGUGUUGCUGAACCUGUCAAGGAGGAAUACCAGUUUAUACCUUCAUACUUGGCUGGUACAACUAAAACUGAUCAGUUUAACAAGUUCCUACAUUUCCAAAGGGAGUUCAUAGCAAAGCAUGAAUUACCAAAGAAUGAUUUCACAGGGAGCAAAGCAUCAGAGCAGCAUGAAAUGAAACUAACUAAGGCGCUCCAGAAAAUCUGCGACCGUGAUCCCCUGCAUUUCAAACAACUGCAGGUUGUUGAGAAAGUGUUUGAAGAUAUUUGCAACAGCUCUCUGAUAUUUGGUGGUGUUUUGAAGGAAAUUAAGAAUGAGUAUGAGCUGUAUAUGAUGACACUUCUGGACUCCCUGCCUAUAGAACUAUACAAGCGUCAUUCUAUCUUGGUCCCCAACAGCCCCUGGUGCCCUGCUCUCUUGAGGCAGCAGGAUGGUCCUUGGCAAUUGCAGAAUGAAUUAGAAAUGUUGAUGUGGAUGAGCCAGACCCCUGAGACUAAAACAGAAACCUGCAGCGACCAUGAGAUGAAGGAGAUAGUAGGAAAAACUCCCUCUGUUGCUGAACAGCUUGAAUCAAUGAGGUGUGAAGUUCUCAGCACAUGGGAGGAAAUGAUGAUACUGCAGACUGAGAAGAAAGAAAGAAUGGCUUGUGCUGGGAUGGUAGAUAUGGCAAACACUAUCAGAGAUGUAGAGGAAGUUGAAGACAGUAUCACAGGAACUUUAGACAAACUGCAUAUCACUCAGGAAAAUCAAAAGAAGGUAUGGGAAUUGAUAGAGGAAUUCUCGUUACUUGAAGAAGAAGAACAAGCUUCUGAGAAUCCAGAAGAAAAUAAGGGCAAUGAAAUGUAG